CUCACAUCUCCAAGCUUCCUUUUUUCACACUACCAAUUUCUUGGCUGCCUUAAUAUAAGCAACAAUAUAUUUAAGAUAUAGCCAAGAAAUGGACUUAAUUUAUUCUGAUGGCAUUACUAGCCAAAUUGGAUUGUUCUGGCAACAAGUUAGAGCACCAUUGCUUGUGCCAUUUCUGAGAAUUAUGGUUUUCUUGUGCUUGGCCAUGUCUUUGAUGUUAUUUGUUGAGAGAGUUUAUAUGGGUAUUAUCAUAGUUUUUAUCAAGUUGUUAAGGCAAAAACCAGAAAAGAAGUACAAAUGGGAGCCAAUAAAAGAUGAUUUGGAGCUAGCAAAUUCUUCUUAUCCCAUGCUAUUAGUUCAAAUACCAAUGUACAAUGAAAGAGAGGUAUAUCAGUUGUCUAUUGGAGCUGCUUGUAACCUUUCAUGGCCAGCUGAUAGAAUCUUGAUUCAAGUUCUUGAUGAUUCAACUGAUCCUACCAUUAAGGCUAUGGUGGAAAAAGAGUGCAGGAGAUGGGCAGGAAAAGGAGUGAACAUAAAGUAUGAGAUAAGAGACAAUAGAAAAGGGUACAAAGCUGGAGCUCUAAAGGAAGGAAUGAAGCAUAAUUAUGUGAAGAUGUGUGAUUUUGUAGCAAUAUUUGAUGCUGAUUUUCAACCUGAGUUUGAUUUCUUGUUGAGAACUGUCCCUUUUCUUGUACACAAUCCUGAAGUUGGACUUGUUCAAGCUCGUUGGAAAUUCGUAAAUUCUGAUGAGUGCUUGUUGACAAGAAUGCAAGAAAUGUCACUUGAUUAUCAUUUCUCAGUGGAGCAAGAAGUUGGAUCUGCAACCCAUGCAUUUUUUGGCUUCAAUGGAACUGCUGGGGUGUGGAGAAUUUCAGCUCUUAAUGAAGCUGGAGGAUGGAAAGAUAGAACAACUGUGGAAGACAUGGAUCUCGCCGUUCGAGCUGGUCUCAAAGGCUGGAAAUUUGUCUAUGUUGGUGACCUCAAGGUGAAAAAUGAGUUGCCAAGUACAUUCAAGGCCUAUCGUUAUCAGCAGCACAGGUGGUCUUGUGGACCUGCUAAUCUUUUUAGGAAAAUGGCAGUGGAAAUUGCUGCAAACAAGAAAGUCUCAAUGUGGAAGAAGUUUUAUUUGAUCUACAGCUUCUUCUUUGUGAGAAAAAUCAUUGCACAUAUUGUUACAUUCAUCUUUUAUUGUGUUGUUAUGCCUGCCACUGUUUUGAUCCCUGAAGUUCAAGUUCCUAUAUGGGGAGCUGUUUAUAUUCCUUCAACCAUCACUCUCCUCAAUGCUGUAGGGACUCCAAGAUCACUCCAUUUAUUGGUUUUCUGGAUCCUGUUUGAGAAUGUAAUGUCCCUUCAUCGGACAAAGGCAACGUUCAUCGGCCUAUUUGAGGUAGGGACAGUCAAUGAAUGGGUCGUGACCGAGAAAUUGGGAGAUGCCCUGAAGGCAAAAACGAGCACGAAAGCUUCCAAGAGGUCUCGUUUUCGAAUUGGAGAUAGGUUCAAGGUACAUUUGCUGGAGGUUCUUGUCGGGUUGUACCUUUUGUUUUGUGGGUGGUACGACUACUCGUUUGGAAAGAAUAGAUUCUACAUAUACUUAUUCUUCCAAGGCAUGGCCUUUCUUGUUGCUGGAUUUGGCUACAUUGGAGUGUUUGUUCCAAAUUCUUAGUUGAUUCUUGAAAAUACUGCAACAGCUACGCCUCAGUUCCAAAUAGGUUGAGGUUCGAGUAAUCUUUAUUUAGAAUUGAUGAGUAGUAGCUUUGAAAUUCUUUUAUAAUGUGAAUAAGCAGCUAAGAUGUGUAUGUUGCCUAUCACUAUUGUAGUUAUUUAUUUCAUGUAAUGGUUAAAAGAGUUGAAGGUAUAAGAAGUGAAAUGGGAAAGGAGUUAUGGUUUAUGAGAGAAA